AUGAUCUUGAUGGAAAAACAGGAAGGAGGACCUCCGGAAUCAGGCCUCCAAAAACCCCCAAGAGCUCUACUGAGAACAGGAAGGAGGACCUCCGGAAUCAGGCCUCCAAAAACACCAAGAGGUCUACCGAGAACAGGAAGGAGGACCUCCGGAAGUGGGCCUAUAAAAACACUAAGAGGUCUACCGAGAACAGGAAGGAGGACCUCCGGAAGUGGGCCUGAAAAAGCACUAAGAGGUCUACCGAGAACAGGAAGGAGGACCUCCGGAAGUGGGCCUGAAAAAGCACUAAGAGGUCUACCGAGAACAGGAAGGAGGACCUCCGGAAGUGGGCCUGAAAAAGCACUAAGAGGUCUACCGAGAACAGGAAGGAGGACCUCCGGAAGUGGGCCUGAGAAACUCCAAGAGGUAUCGUGGGACUGGAGGAAGGAUCUUCGAAAUUGGGCCUCAGAGAACACCAAUAGGACCUUGGGUGCACAGGGUGAAACUACAGGUUCGUGGAAUGAAGGACGAGAGGGGGAGGGAGUUUGAAUGCUUUCUCCUUUUCCCCCUUUGAUUAUGUCGGUUAGAGUUUCAGUUGUUCAGAAGCGUGAGUGUGCAUAUGUUGGAUUCUGCGAAUAAAUAUCUGGG